AUGAAAUUUGAGUGUGUAUUUGAAGGGAAAGCUAAGGAAGGACAGCCAACACUUCUCAAAGAGAUUUACACAGAACUCUACGUAACUGAAGGGGGAGCUGGAGGAGUCAGUGAUGAACAUGAAGUGAGACAGAUUGAAACAGCAUCCAAGAAAAGGGUAACAGAAGAUACUACAGUCAAGUGCAAUGAUAUAUUUAAACCCUUAUAUGGACGUGCGACACCUAUCAGAACUGUACUCACAAAAGGGGUCGCAGGUAUCGGAAAAACAGUCUCUGUGCAGAAAGUUAUUCUUGACUGGGCAGAAGGAAAAGCAAACCAGGACAUUCACUUCAUAUUUGCUCUUCCUUUCCGCGACCUGAAUUUGAUUAAGGAUGAAUACAGUCUGAUUGAUCUGCUUCACCACUUUGUCCCAGAACUGAAAUCGCUUGAAUCCACUGAGCUGUGUAGGUACAAAGUUUUAUUGAUCUUUGAUGGUCUGGAUGAGUGUCGCCUUCCUCUAGAUUUUCAGAACAAUGAGAGCUGGUUUGAUGUAACAAAGAAAACAUCACUGGAUGUGCUGUUGACUAACCUCAUUAAGGGGAAUCUGCUUCCAUCCGCUCUCCUCUGGAUAACCUCCCGGCCAGCAGCCGCCAAUCAGAUACCUCCUGAGUGUGUCCACCAGGUGACAGAGAUACGAGGGUUCAGUGAUGCCCAGAAGGAGGAGUAUUUCAGGAAGAGAUUUAGUGAUCAGAGCCAGGCUAACAGGAUUAUCACACAUGUGAAAUCAUCAAGGAGCCUCUUCAUCAUGUGCCACAUUCCUGUGUUCUGCUGGAUUUCAGCCACUGUCCUUGAAAGGCUUUUUAGUGAGACUGAGAAGGGAGAAAUUCCAAGGACUCUGACUGAAAUGUACACACACUUCCUGAUCUUCCAGGUGAGCUUAAAAAAUGACAAGUAUAUGAAAAACUAUGAAACCAAGCUUAAGGAAUACAGCAAGGAAUUCCUUUUGAAACUUGGUAAACUGGCUUUUGACAACCUUGAGAAAGGCAAUCUCAUAUUUUAUAAGCAAGAUCUGACAGAGAAUGGUGUUGAUGUCACAGAGGCUUCAGUUUACUCUGGAGUGUGUACAGAAGUCUUUAAAGAGGACUAUGGGUUGUACCAGGAGAAGGUGUACUGCUUUGUGCAUCUGAGCAUCCAGGAGUAUCUCGCUGCUUUAUAUGUGUUUCUGUCAAACUCAUCAGCUGACCUGCUGAAGACUGCAGUGGAUCAGGCAUUAAAGAGCAAGAAUGGACACUUGGACCUCUACCUCCGCUUCCUCCUUGGCCUCUCAACAGACUCCAGUAAGAUUCUGUUACAAAAACUACUGGGAGAGACAAGACCCAGCUCACAUAACAUUAAGGAAACGGCCCAGUAUAUCAAGGAGAAAAUUCAGGAGAAUUUAUCUGCAGAAAGGACCAUCAACCUGUUCCACUGUCUGAAUGAACUAGGUGACAGUUCUCUAAUAGAGGAGGUACAAAGAUACCUGAGUUCAGGAAGCCUUUCAGCAGCAGACCUCUCACCUGCACAGUGGUCAGCUCUGGCCUUUGUGUUACUGAUGUCAGAUAAGGAGCUGGAUGUGUUUGAUCUGAAGAAAUACAUCAGAUCAGAUGAAGGUCUUCAGAGGCUGCUGCCUGUGAUCAAGAAAUCUAGGACAGCUCUGCUGGACAGCUGUAGACUCACAGAGACAUGCUGUGAAGUUUUGGCUUCAGCUCUCAGAUCAAACUCCUCUCAGCUGAGAGAGCUGGACCUGAGUGACAAUGAGCUGCAGGAUUCAGGGGUGAAGCUGCUCUCUGCUGGACUGGGGGAUUCACACUGUACACUGGAGAUACUGAGGCUAUCAGGCUGUAGAAUCUCAGAAGAAGGCUGUUCUUCCCUGGCUUCAGCUCUGAGGUCAAACCCCUCACACCUGAAAGAGCUGGACCUGAGCUACAAUCACCCAGGAGACUCAGGAGUGAAGCUGCUCUCUGCUCUCCUGGAGGAUCCCAGCUGUAAACUGGAGAAACUGAAGUGA